AUGAAGUUCCUUUCUGUCCUCCUUGCCGGUCCUGCGCUUGUUGCAGGACGAUACCUCAGUGAUGAGGUCACCUCCGGAACCUCGACUCACUACGGCGGAAACGUCAGCGGAGGAAACUGCGGUUUCGUGAACUACAGCAUUCCCCCAGGUCUGUACGGCACUGCCUUCUCAGGCUCCAACUGGGAUAAUGCGGGUGUUUGCGGCAACUGUAUUGAGGUCACUGGUCCUACUGGCAAGAAGGCCAAGGUCAUGAUUGUUGACAAGUGCCCUGAGUGCAACAAGGGUCACUUGGAUCUCUUUGAGAAUACCUUUGCUGCUGUGGGAGGUUCCAAUGGCCUUGUUCAGACCAGCUGGAGGGCCAUUUCUUGUGAUAUCACCACGCCCCUGGUUUUGCGUAACAAAGAGGGAACAAGCCCAUAUUGGUUCUCUAUGCAAGUCCGCAACAGCAACCUGCCCGUGAAGAGCCUUGAAGUGAGCAUUGACAACGGCAAAUCUUGGACGGGAACGACCCGAAAGGACUACAACUUCUUCGAGAACCCCAGUGGCUUCCGAACCCAAACUGUCGAUGUUAGAAUCACCAGCUCAACUGGUAGCACUAUCGUUGUCAAGGGCGUCAACGUGAACCCUAUGACAGAGUUCAAGGCCGCUUCCAACUUUGCUUAA